CUGUGUGUACGACCUAAUGGUGGUUGACCGUGUGUUUAGUGACACAAAGAUGGCUGACUUUGGCAGUGAACCCAUCGUUGACGGCAAGCCUUUGUAUUCUUUGCGUGUCAUCGACUUGAAGGAAGUGCUCACGAAGAGGGACGUCCCCUUCAAGAAGAACGCAACCAAAGCACAGCUCCAGGCGAUUGUCAUUCAGCAUUUGAAUGAAGCGAAUGAAGAGAAGUCGAGUGAAGGCACGAUUCAAUCCGAAGAGACCAAUGAAUCGAUUAGUGACACAAACCCUGUCCUCACGACUGAAGACAAUAAGACUGAGAAUAACGUGAGUAAAGAGCAGACGGAAGCGACUGAUUUGAGUCAAGACACGGGCAUCACAUCGUCGGUCUCUUUCGGCGACAAGCAUUCAAUCAAAUUAACGAUUAAAUUACAGCCGAAUGAGAGUCCGAACAGACAAUUGAGUCCAAGAUUGAGUCCAAGGAAGUCGUCGCCCGUCAAAGAGAUGAGGUCUCCAGUGAUGGUUAACACGAGUUCUACCGAUGAGAUCACUAUAGCGAUGGUGUCACCGAAACGUUCAGUUAUUCAAGAAGUCAUACCACAAGCUGUGACCCAAAUCCCGCCUAAAGUGGAGGCGAAAGGGGAAACGCCUUCUGAAGUACUGCCGCAACAGAACAUUGUGUCCAAAGUGACUGAAGAGCCAAAAGUGGUGAAAGACGUGACACCAGUUGUACCAGAAGUGAAACAACUGUCUGAAGUGAAAGUCGACAAACAAGAAGUGGUGGAAAAGAGGUUGUCUUCAUCUGAUUCAACAGAUUCGAGUGAAAAGUCUGCAGAAGUGACGAACGAUUUACAAGACUUGAGGACACAAAAAGAAGAUAUUAAGACAACUGGUGGUGACAUCAGUAGUGAUGUAACGAAAGAACAAAUAACAAAACCUACGGAUAAGGUGUCUGUGAAAGGGAUCGUUAAGCAAAUUGAAGAGAAAACUGAAAGUUUAGCCGAAAAAGAGAGUAAAACUCUGGAGAGAGAAGAGAAGAGGAAAAGUCCAGAGAAAGUAAGACCUCCUCGAAGAAGGCGUUGGGGCGGAUCCGUCACUAACGAAACACAACAACAAAAUGCACGCAAAGGGAUAUCGAGUGAUCAGCUGAAGGAACUGAUUCCUGAAGUGGACUCAACAGCGGGCGGGGGUUUGGGUGCCGACAGUUCUCGUGCAGCAAAGGUGAGUAAAUCCGAUACGAGUAUUGUUGUGACGAGUAGUCUCUCUCGGACACAAACAACUGCCGCAACCGCAGAAAUGCCGGCAAAGCGAGACAUUCGUGUUGUCAGGAAAUCAGUUUCUGUUCCAGAAGAUGAACAGACCGUUAAAGAGACGGCUAAACCGCAGCCUAUUCUCGAACCUAAGAAACCAAUAGUUGUCGAAAGUGAGCGCAAAAGUGAUGAACAGUUGGAUGAGACGCCCGAUUUGAGUCCCGCGCGAAACGAAGCUUCAGAAGUGGUGUUCAUCCGAAACCUCGUCCGUCCCUUCACUUUAUUGCAAUUGAAAGACAUUUUGGGAAAGACUGGAAAACUGAUUGAAGAGCGCUUUUGGAUCGACAGAAUCAAAUCCAAGUGUUUCGCCACUUAUGCCACCGUCGAGGAAGCGGUUGCCACUCGUUUGGCACUACACGGCACCCGUUGGCCCAACUCUAACCCCAAACUACUGAGCGUUGACUUCGCUCGCAAAGAAGAAUUGGACUUUCAUUUGAAUGGAGAGCUGACCCCUAAUAAAGACAUUGUUGUCAAGAAAAGUGACGACAAUGUUGUGAACGAAAAGUACGAUAUUGUUAUCAAAACAGAGGAUAAUUCGCGUGAACCGGACGCCAGAACCGAAGGCCGACCCAUCAGAGAGUGGGACAGAGAGAAACUGAUGGCCAAAGAAGAGGACAACAAACGAGGGACAGCCAAACGAAGGCCUAUUAGUCCGACGCCGAGAAGUGGGAGCCGGGAAACAGAUGCUAAACGCCGCAGAAAUGAUUCGGCGCGAACUGAAGAACGCGUUCGACCGGCGGACUCGACAUCAGAAGUGCCGGCAACCGAUGCAACCCAUGAAACGGAAUCUCCGGCCAAACUGUUGGACGACUUGUUCAAGAAGACGACCGCAACGCCGAGUAUAUAUUGGUUGCCAUUGACUGAGGAACAAGUGGUGGUUCGCGACGCCCAGAAGGCUGAAGACGACAAGAAGAGACUCGAAGAGAACAACGCCAGAGAAGAGCAGUUCCGUCAGCGACAAGAAGAGAGAAGACCUUUCGAAGCGUCCGCUCCCUUCCGAAAUACGGGGGUUUGGACGCCGGGGGUCACCACCGCCUCGUCGUUCACCUCCACCUUUCCGUCAGCGCCGAUCCCCUCCCAAUCGAUUUUCACGAUCCCGUUCCCGAUCUCCAGUUAUGCGAAGAAAGCGAUAAUCAGAUAUUAA